AAAACGUAAAUGAAGGCGCUAAGGAGUAAAUGUGAACUUUUUAAAUGGUGACCGUGUUCAUAUUGUAUUUUUUGUUGGGGGGGAGGUUAGAUAAUUCGUACUGGCCAACAUUUCCCAAAGAAGACCGACGCCGGAGACACGGCAUUCAGUGAAACGCCGUGAUGCAUGUUGGGUAAACGUCACAGAUCCAAGAUGGCUGCGAUCAGUGGAGGACGUGUUUUGUCACUUUGCCGUCAAUUUCAGUCAGGAUUUAGGAUAUCAACUUUACCUCUCCAGCGUCCGCAUGUUUUUACCAAACUCGGUCCACUGAGUCCCUGUCCUCAGACUCAUGUGAGGCUGGUUGCACAGUGCCGGUCAUUGUACACGUCCAGCUGCAGAAAAGGACUGGAGGAGUUCUUUGACAUCCCCGAAAACUGGGGGGAGUCGACCGUCAAGUCAGGGGCGCCUUGGACUGCAAAACAACUAAGGACUAAAAGUAAUGAAGAUUUACACAAGCUAUGGUACGUACUGCUCAAAGAGAAGAACAUGUUGCUGUCUAUUGAACAAGAGGCGAAGAGACAAAGGGUCCCGAUGCCGAGCCCGGAGCGCCUGAGGAAGGUGGACAGGUCUAUGAUAAGGCUUGAGACUGUAGUCAGGGAGAGAGAGGAUGCCAUCCGGUUGCUGCAGACUGGCCAGGAGAGAUCUCGCCCAGGUGCUUGGAGAAAAGACCUCUUUGGAAGAACUUACUGGUAUAAAUUUAAGGAGUACCCCAUUCCAUGGUACCUGAACACAAGAUACAAGAGAAAGCGAUUCUUCUCAGCACCAUUUGUUAAUGACUUCAUAAGGCUUCGCAUAGAACAACACAUGCGAAGAAGACGAAGGAAGCGAUUGGCCGAAGCCAAAAGGCACAGCAAACUGAUGGAGAAAUUCCCGAACAUGGUCUCCAAGGCAUGAGGCGCUAAGAACAUGCUUGGAACAUCAUGAACAUGUGACUGAUGUAUGCCUUUAUAUAACAAUGAAGCUUUUUUUUUUUUCUUUUUCUUUAAUAGCCAAAACACACACGUGAGAUUAACUCUGCAAUUCAUGCAGUCUCGCAGCUCUUAAAUCUCAAAUAAAAUUUUACCUCAAAUGCA